UCGAUUUUUUCCAGCUUUUACUCCCGCAUUUCUGAGAAGAGCUUAAUUUUUCUAUUCAAAGUCGUUCGAAUCGCGUUAUGAAGUGGAAUACAAAAUUCGGUGAAGGUGCAUAAGCACUGAAGUGGAAGUACCAGCAUGAGCCAGCCUGUUCCUGUGCCCCAAGCAAAAAGUUUGCCUCAACAGAAAGAAGCACUUCUCAAGGGACAUCACAAGCAAUUGAAAGACGACAUCAAAGCGAUACUCGAGAAUUUUCACGAAAUCGUCAAAUUGGGAAAGAUCGAAGAAGAAACGCAGGUUAACCGGUACACUCAAGUUGAAGAAGAUGCAUUGGAAAUGCAAGUGAGAGCCGCUAACAUUGUGCGUGCUGGCGAAUCUUUGAUGAAAUUGGUGGCUGAGUUGAAGCAGUAUCAAAUCUUGAACGAUUUUCCUUCCGUGAACGAGUCUAUUGAUAGAAAUACGAAGCUCUUCAAGGAUUUGCAAGCUGAAACUGAUCGGAAGUUGAUGGCAUUACGAGACGACAUCGCUACCGAGCUGUACGAAUUGGAGGAAGAAUACUACACCUCCAUGUUCAAAUGA